GUAAAAGAAAAAAAAAAAAAAACUUUCUUCUUCAUCUUUUAGAUACAUAUCAUGUCUGCACCCGCCAAAGUUUACGUGGUUAUUUACACGGUCUAUCAUCAUGUCCAUAAGUUGGCUGUGGAGGUCCAAAAGGGUUUAGAAUCCACCGGUGUUCAAACAAAGAUGUUUCAAGUGCAAGAAACUUUGCCUGAAAGUGUAUUAAAGAAUAUUCAUGCUCCUCCCAAGCCCGAUUUACCCAUUAUUCGCCCUGAACAAUUAAAUGAUGCAGACGGUAUUUUAUUUGGCUUCCCCACAAGAUUUGGUUCGAUGCCUAGUCAAGUGAAAGGGUUAUUGGAUGGCACCGGUGCUGCAUUUGCUAAGGGUACAUUACACGGUAAAUUUGCUGGUACAUUUUUCAGUACGGGGUCUCAACAUGGUGGACAAGAGACAACUGCGUUGACUACCAUUCCAUUUUUUACACAUCAAGGUAUGACUUACGUGCCACUGGGUUUCCCACCUCAACUGAACGACAACACUGAGAUUGUGGGUGGUUCAGCUUAUGGAGCUGGUACGAUUGCUGGAGGCGAUGGAUCCAGGUCACCUACUAUCAAGGAAUUACAGGUUGCUCAUAUCCAGGGACAACAAUUUGGUAAUCUAAUUCGAGCUUAUGUUCGAGGUAAAAAUGCCUUUGCUGCAGAAGAGUCCUCAAAAUAAUAAUAAUAAUAAUAAAAAAAAAAAAUGUUUAUUUUUUUUUCGAAUUAAACAGUGAGAGAUUUACUCAGUUCUUGAAUUACUUUAUCCCAAUUGUGAGAGUUGGAGAUAUCAUCAAAGAGACUGGAUUUAUUUUCAGUGACAAAAGUAACGAGUUCGGAACUUUUUG